AUGGUCAACUAUGUGAGGUCAUGUCCUUCGGAUUUAGGGGCGGGCAGGCAUAGGGGGGUUUUGGCUAAAGUAAAGAGAACCUUUAGGCUUAGAUUCGGCAGUUGGAAUGUAGGCACCCUUACGGGAAAGUUUUUAGAACUAGCAGAUGCCCUGGGUAGAUGUAAUGUAGACAUUGCAUGCUUUCAAGAAACUAAGUGGACGGGGAAAAGUACUAGAAAGGUGAAUGGAUACAAGCUAUGGUACUCUGGAGCGCCUAAGUCGAUUAAUGGAGUAGGGAUCAUCGAACGACUUAAAGACUUCGUUGUGCUCGUGGAAAGACACGGGGAUAGGUUGAUGUUGUCGGGCUUGGGAGCGGGAGAGAAGAAAAGUUUUUGGGACUCACUGGAUGAGCUUGUGAGGAGCUGCCCUGUUGACCAACGACUAGUGUUAGGAGGAGACUUACACGGGCAUAUAGGAGUUGAGUCAGACGGCUACGCGAGUGUACACGGGGGUUUAGGGUUUGGAGUGAGGAACGAUGAGGGUCGCACGAUAUUGGACUUUGCUACUGCCCACGAUCUGGUUAUUGUAAACUCUUUUUUCCGAAAGAGGGAUUCUCAGAUGAUUACCUUUCAGAGUGGCCUAAAUAAAACUCAAAUCGACUACUUUUUGGUGCGUAAAGGCGAUUUUAGGGCUUGCAAAGAUUGCAAGGUACUCCCGAGAGAGGCGGGUUUCUCCCAACAUAAACUUUUGGUAAUUGAUUUGCUCCUGAGUAGAAGAGCAACCAAGACAGAGAAGGCUGUAAAACCAAGAAUCCUCUGGAAAAACCUGAUGGGUGAAGCAGCAGAGAGGUUUAGGUCGGAGACUAGUUCAAGGUUCACAAAGGAGAUAAGAGAAGGUUCGCAUAUGGAAGCUGAUGAGUUGUGGACACUCUUGGCAGGGGGUAUGAGGGAGACGGAAAAGGAGGUACUAGGGGUAACUAGAGGAACUGGAUGA